AUGGGUGCACACAACUUUCGUGAUUUGCACUUACAAAAACAUCAGUGGCAUAGUUUGCAACCUAAAUACUCGUACACUCUUGAUAUGUUCAAAGAGAACAAUCAAUUCGACAAUUUACAGCAGGGACGCAAAACCGAAGAACAAUGUGUUCAAGAAAAUGUAAUGUUCGAGAGAAAGCAGUUUAACGCAGAAGCAUAUACUCCUUUCAUACAAAGGCGAGGAAUUAUAUAUAGUCUGUCUGAUAAAGUUAUCAGGCUCUACCGAAAAGACACAACCAAGUAUGUAAUACAUCAGACCACGAAUAACACGUCAGGAACAAAUUGCCAUAAAGAGAGACAGGAGGUGCAUAACCACGAAUUGUGUGUAAUUACAGAUGAAGAAGUAGAAAUGGAAAUGUUCAUAUCGCCCUUCAUGAUGCUUCUGGAUGAAUGCAAAGAGCAAUAG